CGUGACAGUUGGCACAUGUGCGUUUGACAUUCGGCGUCGAUGUAAACAUGUGGUUCGUUGUUUAGAAAAGGACAACGUGCCAUGAAAGUGCGUGCAUCGUAAUUUACAGAGCAGCAGAAUUUCCAACAAAAUUGAAAACAAUUGACUCAAGAAGGAUCGUGUGUUUGGUAAUUGUUUGUUCACUAUGAGCUUCCGUGGCCGUGGUGGUGGUGGCGGUGGACGAGGCGGUGGCGGCAGCUGGGGUGGUCGUGGCGGCCGAGGAGGUGGCGGAGGAGGCCGUGGCGGGUUCAACAAUCGCGGCAGCUUUGGCCAGCGGGACGACGGUCCGAAGAAUAUCAUUCCCCUCGGGUACUACGACUACCCCUGCCAGGAGGAUCUCGUCGCCAAGGUGGAGGUGGAAAAUGUACCCUUCUUCAAUGCGCCCAUCUACAUGGAGGGCGAGAAGCAGAUCGGCAAGGUGGACGAAAUCUUUGGCAAUCUGAAGGACUUUUACGUGUCGAUCAAGCUGAACGACAACAUGAAGCCGGACGGAUUCCAGCAGAAGCAGAAGCUGUUUAUCGAUUCGGCGAAACUGCUGCCGCUGGCGCGCUUCCUGCCGGGAAAUCAGACCCGCCGACCGGCUGGCAGGGUCGGUAAGCCCGGUGGUCGCGGAGGCCGUGGUGGUAGAGGUGGUGGCGGCGGCUUCGGUGGUGGCCGUGGCGGUGGCGGUGGUGGCUUCGGUGGUAGAGGCGGUGGCGGUGGUGGUUUCCGUGGCCGAGGCGGCGGCGGCGGCGGUGGCCGUGGCGGUGGAGGUGGAUUCCGUGGCAAUCGUGGAGGAGGCGGUGGAGGUGGAGGCAAUCGGUGGUAAUCGGUACGAGCGAUUCAUCUGUUUACUGCAUAGAGUCCCCCCAAACCCUAAGUGUAUCAUCAUCUCGCAUGGUACCACUGUCUUCGUAAGAAAUUUGUGUAUAAGUGCUUAACGUUUAAGGCCGUGGAAAUAUAUGUGUUUCUUCCGGAUUGUGAAGAAGUAUCCUGAAAGAUGCGACGGCAA